AGUCGUUUGUUGACAAGAGUUUCUGCUAGCAGAGAAGAUGAGCCAUGGUUGUUGGUAAGCUUUGAAAAGCUGAUGUUAUCUCAACUGAAAGAACACCCACUGUAGUCUUAAAUGUUUUCUACUGCUGAAGAACCCCUGCUGGGGGAGAAAUGUGUUCUAACCAGGUGAUUCUAAUUCUGACAAAGCUGUAUGACUACAACCUGGGAAGCAUCACAGAGAGCUCUCUUUGGAGGUCAACAGAUUACGGGACAACAUAUGAGAAACUGAAUGAUAAAGUUGGUCUGAAGACUAUUUUGAGCUAUUUGUAUGUUUGCCCAACAAACAAACGAAAGAUUAUGCUGCUGACUGAUCCAGAAGUUGAAAGCAGCUUAUUAAUCAGUUCUGAUGAAGGAGCCACCUAUCAAAAAUACCGUCUGAACUUCUACAUCCACAGUCUGCUCUUCCACCCCAAACAGGAGGAUUGGAUCUUAGCCUACAGCCAAGAUCAGAAGUUAUUCAGUUCCGUGGAGUUUGGCAGAAGAUGGCUGCUUCUUCAUGAGGGAGUUACACCAAACAGGUUCUACUGGUCCAUGAUGGGGAAUGGAAGAGAGGCUGACCUCGUGCACCUGGAGGCAAGGACAGUGGAUGGUCAUGCCCAAUACAUCACCUGCAAGAUGCAGAACUGCAGUGAAGCCACCCGUAGCAAACCCUUUCCAGGCUACAUUGACCAUAACUCCCUGAUCGUCCAGGGUGAUUAUGUCUUUGUUCAGCUGACAUCAGGAGGAAGACCACAUUAUUACGUUUCUUAUAGGAGGAGCCCAUUUGCACAGAUGAAGCUGCCAAAAUACUCCUUGCCCAAGGACAUGCAUGUUAUCAGCACAGAUGAGAAUCAGGUGUUUGCAGCCGUGCAAGAGUGGAACCAGAACGACACAUACAAUCUGUACAUCUCCGACACCCGAGGGGUCUACUUCACCCUGGCCUUGGAAAACGUCAAGAGCAGUCAAGGGCUGGAGGGGAAUGUGAUGAUUGACCUCUAUGAGGUAGCAGGGAUAAAGGGAAUGUUCUUGGCUAACAAGAAGAUUGACAACCAAGUGAAAACUUUCAUCACCUACAAUAAAGGGAGAGACUGGAGUUUGUUGCAGGCUCCGCACACGGAUCUGAGAGGAAAUCCCAUUCAGUGUCUCCUACCCUAUUGCUCUCUUCACCUUCACUUGAAGGUCUCGGACAACCCCUAUACCUCAGGAAACAUUGCCAGCCGAGACACUGCCCCCAGUAUUAUUGUAGCUUCAGGUAAUAUAGGCACUGAACUAUCAGACAAUGACAUCAGCAUGUUUGUUACUUCUGAUGCUGGGAACACUUGGAGGCAGAUCUUUGAGGAAGAGCACAGUGUUCUGUACCUGGAUCAAGGUGGAGUACUCGUUGCCAUGAAACACACAUCUCUGCCUAUCAGACACCUCUGGUUAAGUUUUGAUGAAGGGAGAUCUUGGAGCAAGUACAGUUUCACAUCCCUCCCACUGUUUGUGGAUGGAGUUUUAGGGGAACCUGGAGAGGAAACCCUCAUCAUGACUGUGUUUGGACAUUUCAGCCACCGCUCAGAGUGGCAGCUGGUGAAAGUAGACUACAAGUCUAUCUUUGAUCGGAGAUGUGCGGAAGAGGACUACAGGCCUUGGCAGCUCCAUAGCCAGGGAGAAGCCUGCAUCAUGGGAGCAAAAAGGAUCUACAGGAAGCGCAAGUCUGAGAAGAAAUGCAUGCAGGGGAAAUACGCUGGGGCUAUGACCUCGGAGCCAUGCGUGUGCACCGAGGCAGACUUUGACUGUGAUUAUGGAUAUGAACGCCACAGCAAUGGCCAGUGUUUACCAGCAUUUUGGUAUAACCCAUCCUCUUUGUCAAAGGACUGCAGCCUUGGACAGAGUUAUCUCAACAGCACUGGGUACAGGAAGGUUGUUUCCAACAACUGCACGGAUGGGGUUCGGGAGAGGUACACGGCCAAGCCCCAGCAGUGCCCGGGCAAACCCCCCCAGGGGCUGCGCAUCGUCACGGCCGACGGGCGGCUGACGGCCGAGCAGGGCCACAACGUCACCUUCCUGGUGCAGCUGGAGGAGGGAGACCUCCAGAGAUCCCUCUUUCAGGUGGAUUUUGGAGACGGCAUCGCUGUGUCAUAUGCCAAUCUCAGCUCAACAGAAGAUGGGAUCAAGCACAUCUAUCAGAACGUGGGCAUAUUCCGAGUGACCGUGCUGGUGGAAAACAGCCUGGGCUCUGACAGCGCUGUCCUCUACCUGCACGUAACGUGCCCCUUGGAACACGUUCACUUGUCUCUACCCUUUGUCACCACGAAGAACAAGGAGAUCAACGCCACAGCAGUGCUGUGGCCAAGCCAAGUGGGAACACUUACUUAUGUCUGGUGGUUUGGGAACAACACAGAGCCACUGAUCACAUUGGAAGGGAGCAUCACAUUCACAUUUUCUGUGGAAGGGAUGAACACAAUCACUGUCCAGGUCUCAGCAGGAAACACCAUUCUCCAGGACACAAAGACUAUUGCAGUGUAUGAGAAAUUUCAGUCCCUGAGGUUAUCGUUCUCUCCAAACCUUGAUGAGUACAACCCAGAUAUCCCAGAGUGGAGAAGGGACAUCAGCAGAGUAGUCAAGAGAGCUCUGGUGGAGGCUACAGGUAUUUCCAGCAAGCAUGUUCUGGUUGCAGUGCUCCCUGGCCUGCCCACGUCUGCUGAACUCUUCAUUUUACCAUAUCAAGAUGCCACAGGAGAAAAAAAAAGAACAGCAGCAAACCUAGAGCAGAUUUCAGAGACACUGAUCCAGAAGCUGAAUCAAAACCUGGUCCAUUUUGAGUUGAAGCCAGGAGUUCGAAUCCUUGUCCAUGCUGCCCAUUUAACAGCAGCUCCCCUGGUGGACCUCACUCCCAGUCACAGUGGUUCAGCCAUGCUGAUGCUCCUCUCUGUCGUUUUUGUGGGACUAGCUGUGUUUGUCAUCUACAAGUUCAAAAGGAAGAUUCCUGGCCUUAAUAUAUAUGCACAGAUGCAGAAUGAAAAAGAUCAAGAGAUGGUCAGUCCAGUCAGUCAGAGGGAAAGCAUACCUAAUGUCCCUCAAAGUGAGAUGAUGAGCCCUGAGCAACUAGUAGAUGAGAAGUUGGAAGUCCACCCCAUAGAGCAACCUCAGGCCACAGUCCAGAACCCAAGGAAAGGAAAUGCAACCAAGGUAGUCUGGACAGAGGACUUCCAAAAAGCUUGUGGAUCACCAAGAGAUUUCAAGCCAAGACCCAGAGCGGAAGUAUUUCCACAGCUGCUGAGCCCCAGAGCACAAAAGAAAUCCCUACCUAUGUAAAUGGUUGAAUUGAGGACACCAACAUCUGUAUCUAAAAAAAGGAGGAGAGCUCACUGCAUUUGGACUUUUUAAUUCUUCAGAUGACAAAGGGUUUUUAGCUUUAAGCCUGUGCAUGUGGACAUUAUACUGAGACCAUAGUGGAACUGCAUUGUACAGGUGUUCAAUUUUAGUGGGGGGUGGGGGGAGAGGAACUGGUACCACUAUUCACUCCUGCGGCCCUUCCCCUCACCCUUCCACUCUCUUUUUUCUGAUCUGUCUCUAAUUUGUAGAAAAUUCAUAAUGAUAUAGGCCAAGAAUAUGCAUGGGGGGGUCUCUUCUUUAGGGAGAGGGGUGGGCUGGGA